UGGAGAGGAGCCGUGCCGGCGCACCGUGGCUACCACCGCAAGAUGCUGCGUAGAUCCAGCCGUUUAGCUCCGAUCGCGCGACGAGCGCUGCCGGCGGCGGUGCGGCUGCCGGCGCGGGCCGUGGCGGGCUCCGCCGCGGGCAACCAGCAGGCCACGGCCGACUCUGGCAAGUUUGACGCGCUCGACAAGCGGCGGCGCCAGCUGCUGUACCGCUCAAAGCAGCGCGGCUGGCUCGAGAUGGACAUCAUGCUUGGAGGCUGGGCGCGCCGCCCCUGCCCUGGCCGCCGCCGCCUCCCCGAUGUGCCGCCGCACCCGCCGCACUCCACACCCGCUCUGACGCAGUUUGCCGAGAUCAUCGAGAUGGAGAACCCCGACCUGUACUGCUGGCUCACCGGCCAGCAGGACGUCCCCGACGACAUCUCCAACCCGCUCCUCCGCACCCUCUGCGCGGAGCUCAAGGAGUCGUACGCGCCGAAGGCGACGCUGCGUUCGACGGGAUCCUUUGAGGGCAAGGUGUGGGAGUGACGAGUGAGGAGUGUGUCCCCACGUGCGCUCUUCUUGCCCGUCUCUCGAGUUCUUCCCCCGCUUUGCGAGCGUGGGUGGUCGUCGUGUGUCCCCUUGUGCGCUCUCUCCUCAGUCGUCCUCCCUGUGUCACCACCGCGAUCCAGCCAGCAGCCAGACUUGCGACUCCGACUAUACCGUGUCCUGCCUCCUGCCCUCUAUUCCCGACUUGUCCGGCGCCGAGUGUACUGUAUAUUAACGCAAGAAGAAUUUGUUGAUGCGU